AUGGCAUCCCAAGCUCUCCGCUCCCUCAACCUCCGUGCAGCGGCCGCCGCCGCCGUCGCCCGCACGCCAUUCCGAGCUACUUCAAUCCCCAUGACCGCAACGCGGCGCACACUCACCGGAUCGGCGGCGAGGAGGCUCGCGUAUAAGGACACCCAGGACCGCGAGUCCCUGAACCCCAGCUCUAACGAGGGGACCAGGACGGGCCGCGAUUCGGAGGUGGCGCACGAGAAGAAGGCGUUUGACCCGUCGACGACGCAGCCCAAGGGAGAGAAGAAAGAGGACAGCGGCACGCUCGACGUCUCUGGCGCGAACCAGGCUGUUUCGAAGCCGCAGGGAGAUAACCCGGGAAAGGAGGGCGCCGGCAAGGAGACGAGGAAGGUGGGGAGUAGCAGUGGUGCUGGGAGCGCGCCCAAGGCUGGUAGAGCGUGA